AUAUACAAAUUUUAAGUGGAAAAAGUUGUGUGCUGGAAAGUUUUCGCAGUGACGCCUGCGCAGCUGCAAGUUCUAAUUGGAUAUUUUUCGCAGAGCCGGCGCUCAACAGGAAACGGAAGCGGCUGCUGCUGCUUCUUUUGCUUCUUCUUCUUCUGCACGCCAUUUGUAAAACACACAGUCAAAGAAGCAAAGCUGCUGCUGCUGAUUCAUCAAAGAACACGUUCAUGUAUUUAUGAGUCUCGUUUUGCCGGAACACCCAACACGCAAUCCAUGUGGCUGAUGCAUUGACCCAGCGACACAGAGAUACUUGUCGCCAACCAGAGUAGAGCCGCUCACGGGGAGCUGUGAGGAAAAUGUUUCCACGGCAGCCGGCUGCUGGCGAUGCAGACAUUUAUCAGGAUGCGACGACAACGCUGCGAUCGGCGUUUCCUAACUCUCGACUGGAUUCGCUUGCGGCACAUCCAACGCCCGCGAACGAAGCGGAUCCCAACAACAUGGACAGUCAGCUGGCAGCGCCAGAUCCCACUGAAUUGGGCGGGGCCAAUGCUGGUUAUAAUCCGUUGGACGAUGACUGGUGGUCCAAUGCCAUUGAGGUGGACACGUUCGAUUCGCCGCUAGCCUUCGAUGCCAGCGAGAAUGGGCUGUGGAAUGGACAUUUUGUGCCGCCGCCGCCACGUCCACCCUUUCUGGAUGAAAGCGUCGCCGCUGACGGCCUGACCACCUGUGAUCUAUGCACGUGGGCCUGGCAGCGUAAUGCCUACUCCCUGGACGGUUCGAUAGAUACUGCUGGCGAACUUGGAUGGGCAUUCACCCUAAUUGUAGUCUCAAUCAUAUCGGCUCUUAUAGGUGCUAUUGUAAUGGUCAUAGUUCUAAGAUGUAGAAGAAUUAAAUCAGCGAAUGCCAAUGGUGGUCGCCCGCAGCCGUGGUGGUGUCGCAACAAUCGCAACGGUGGCGGCCAGAAUCGCUCGCCAAUCUCCAUUAAACACUCGGCGGACAGCAUACGGCGACCCACAAGCAACUCGGGCGUCUGGACCUGGCUGGGCGGCAGUCGUCGCUCAUCGGCGGGACCCGAUCAGAUUGGUCCGCCAUCAACAUCGCCGGCCGAGAAUCAUUAUACCCACAUGGAUGAUGCAUAUAGUCCGGUUGGCGUUAGCGAAGCCCUCUAUGCCGAACUGGAUCGCGAAUCGGUGCGUUCGGCAAAUCCGUCGUAUCAGAAUACGGCUUACAGUCAGUGUGGCGAGAAAUACAAUUUCCAAGCACACGAGCAAGACAUUCCCAUGGUCGUCUCGUCAGCGCCAAGUAGUGCCUACUAUUCGGAUCUGUCCGUUACGGCCAUGCCGGGCGGCGCCAGUGGCAGCAACCAAGGCGCCUAUGAGAUUGUUGGCCUAAAUGUCAUGUCACAGCCGCUGCCCAAUUGGGAGCAUCAUGUCGGUGGUGCUGGUGGUGGUGGUGGUGGCAAUGGAGUUGGCGGCGUGGCCACCACCGGACUGGCGCCGGGCGAUGCUGCAGCAGCUGUGGCAAUGACGCAACGCCGCAUGCCACGUCUGGCGGCCAUUAAUGAGACGAGCACCAGCACAGUGCCCUCGGACUAUGUCUGAGCAGAGGAUGAUUAUUUAUAUAAGAGAUAUGUGACUUUAAAAAAGUGAAGAGAUGGAAGAAGUGCGAGCUUAACAUGUUAAUUGUAAUC